AAACGCCGCCCAAAAUGAAAACCCAAACCCUCAUCAACCCUUCAAAUUCCAAAUAACACUCUCAUCUGACAUCUCUCUCUCACAAACACAACCACAACCACAACCACAAUCACAAUCAAAGAACACUAUCUUUCCCGUCUGUGAUUUCAUCAAACUCUCCUUCCUCUUUGUCUACUUCUUCACCGUGAAAAGCUACGAAACUAAGAUACAUACCACAGAAGCAGAAGAAAGAAGGAAGCUAGUUUCGUAAACCCUAAUUGCUGUUUGAGUUCACAUGCUUUUAGCAUGAGGGAGCAUGCAUACAUUUCAUCACAUUCAAACCAUAAGGAAGAUAUUAUGAUUGAGGAAAAGAAGUCUAGGAUGAAAAAAGAAGUAGCUGAAAAGAAGUCAAAGCUUAAAGAUGAAAAUGUGGUUGAAGAAAAGAGGUCUAAAAGGAAGAACAAAGAAGACAAUAAAAGAAGACCCACCUGUUGUGAAAAUCCCACCCCGGCAAAGAAAGCUAAGAAAACUAAAAAGGGAGAAUCAGCUUUUGAGGAAGGGGAUGAAACUAUUGAAAAAAGAUCACCGGACAAGGAAGAAAGUGUGGUUGAAAAAGUGAACUAUAAGGUGAAAAAGGAAGAAGCUGAUAAGAAGUCGAACCUUACAGAAGAAAACUUGGUUGAAGGAAAGAGAUCCAAGACUAAGAGCAAAUCAGACAAGAAGAAGCAGUUGUUACAAUUAGUAAAACCAAGCUGUUGUGAGAAACCCACCCUAGCAAAGAAAGCUAAGAAAACUAGAAGGGGACUUUCAGCUGCUGAGGAGCGGGAUGGAACUUUUGAAAAGAGAUCUCCGGAUAAGGAAGAUCAUGUGAUUGAGGAAAUGCAGUCUAGGAUGAAAAAGGAAAGAGGUGAAAAGAAAUCAAAUCAUAAAGAAGAAAGCUUGGUUGAAGUAAAGAGCUCCAAGACUAAGAGCAAAGGAGAUGCAGACGAGAAUAAACAAAUGUUACAACUAGAAAAGCCUACCCUAGCAAAGAAAGCUAAGAAAAUUAGAAGGGGAUUUGAGGUGCGGGAUAAAACUUUUGAAAAGAGAACUCCAGAAAAGGAAGAACAUGUAAUUGAAGAAAUUAAGUCUAUGGAGAAAAAGGAAAGAGCUGAAAAGGAAUCAAUUCUUAAAGAAGAAAGUAUAGUUGAAGAAAAGAUCUCCAAGAGGAAGAGCAAAGGAGCAGUCAAGACGAAACAGGUGUUACAACUAGAAAGAACAAGCUAUUAUGAAAAACCCACUAAGAAAGCUAAAAGGGGGCUUUCAGCUUCUGAGGAGUGGGAUAACAAAGAAAAUGUGCUUGAAGAAAUAAAUUCUAAGAUGGAAAAGGAAGAAGUUGACAAGAAUUCAAAAGUUAAAGAAGAAAGCUUGGUUCAAGAAAAGAGCUCCAAGAGGAAGAACAAAGUAGCAGGCGAGAAGAAACAAAAGUUACAACUAGAAAGACCCAGCUAUUGUGAAAAACCCACUCCAACAAAGAAAGCUAGGAAAACUAAAAGGGGACUUUCAGCUUCUGAGGAGCGGGAUGAAGAUUUUGAAAAAAUAAUUUCAGGUAAGGAAGAUAAUGUGAUUGAAGAAAUGAAGUCUAAGAUGAAAACGAAAGAAGAACACAUGAUUCAUGAAAAGAAGUCUAUGAUGGAAAAGGAAGGAGCUAACAAGAAGCCAAACAUUAAAGAAGAGACUGUGGUUGAAGAAAAGAGCUCCAAGAAGAGGAAGAAAAAAGGAGAAGAAGAGGAGAAAAAGUUCCUACAAUUGAAGAAACCUAGCUGUUCUGAAAAACACCCUCCAACUAAAAAAGUCAGAAAACCUCCAAUCAGAUUUUCAGCUUCUGAGAAGCGGAAUGAAGCUUACAAAAAAAGAACGGCAGAUAAUACAUGGGUGCCUCCACGAUCUCAUAUACAUCUCAUUCAAGAAGAUCAUGCCUUUGACCCUUGGAGAGUAUUGGCAAUUUGCAUGCUGCUCAACCUGACUACUGGUCGGCAGGUAAAAGAAGUUAUAUCAAACUUUUUCAAGUUAUGUCCUGAUGCUGAAACCUGCACUCAAGUAUCAGAAGAUGAAAUUUUAGAGGUAAUACGGUCACUAGGCUUACAUAAAAGGGCUGCUAUGCUGCAACGCUUUUCUCGUGAAUAUUUGGCGGAAAAUUGGACUCAUGUAACUCAGUUACAUGGUGUUGGCAAGUAUGUAAUGUCAUGCUCUUCUAAUUGUGUUUACAAUGGUAUGGGGCUGAUGCAUAUGCCAUAUUUUGUACGGGAAAAUGGGAUCGAGUGACACCCAAUGAUCAUAAGCUAGUUGGUUAUUGCAAGUUUCUUCAUCUUUUCUAUGGGGAUCGUUUAUGAAAGACUUGGGAUAUGAAAUUAUGAAUGCAGUUGAAGAUGAAAUCUCCACUUCCCUUUCCUUUGUUAAUUUUGUGUAGGGUGGAAGUUAUUGUUUUCUUCUUCAUCCGUAUAAUAGAAAAACAAGUUUCUUUAA